AUGGGUCGUCUCCGACAAAAGGGCAAAGCUGGUGCUGCAAAAGCCUAUGUUACACGGACUGCCGCUAUCAAGAAGCUACAGUGCUCUCUUGCAGACUUCCGGCGACUUUGCAUUCUCAAAGGUAUCUUCCCUCGUGAACCGCGAAGUCGCAAACGUGCAAACAAAGGAUCAUCGGCACCCACAUCAUUCUACUACGCAAAGGACAUCGCAUAUCUAGCUCACGAGCCUGUCUUGAAAAAGUUGCGAGAGCAUAAGGCGUUCGCGAAGAAAAUAUCCAGAGCACUUGGACGAGGAGAGUGGAGCGAUGCAAAGAAUCUGGAACAGAACAAGCCUGUUUACCGUCUCGACCAUAUAAUCAAAGAGCGUUAUCCAACGUUCAUUGAUGCGGUCAGAGACAUCGACGACGCCCUUUGUAUGGUCUUCCUCUUUGCUUCGCUGCCUUCAAGCAUCCAAAUGCCUACGUCACUCACAGAGAACUGUUCGAGGUUGGCGGCGGAAUGGCAACUCUUCGUCAUGCACUCUCGCGCAUUGCGCAAGGUUUUCCUUUCAAUAAAAGGCGUAUACUACCAGGCCGAAAUAAUGGACCAAACUGUUACCUGGCUAGUGCCCUAUCAAUUCACCCAGCAUGUUCCAGUAGAUGUGGAUGUUCGCGUAAUGCUGACCUUCUUGGAACUGUACCAAACAUUGCUCGGCUUUGUCUUCUUCAAACUAUACACUGACUCAGGUUUGGUCUACCCACCACCACUUGAUGUCAAGAAGGAUGAAGGAGCAGCUGGUGUCGGCGCCUUCUCUCUCCAGAGCUCCUCAAAACCUGUAGUCGAUCCUUCAGCGAAACCCAAGACUGUGGAGGUGGAGGGUCGUAAAAUCACUGGUAAAGAUGUUCGACAAGCGAUAAAAAAUGUCACGGACCCGACCCCUCAUGCUGAAGAGAGGGAUUCAGAGGAGAAUUCCAUGGAGGUUGACGAGGAGUUCGUUGCCCAACAAUCAAAAUCAGAUCCUCAAUCUGCCCCGUCCCUCACAACGCUCAAGGCCUUACAAGCGUUACCUCAAUCACUGACGACCUCCUUAUUUUCACCAUAUACGUUCUUCUUGUCUCGAGAAACAUCAAGACCAAUAUUCGAAUUUAUUGUUCGGGCAUUCGGUGGACGGAUAGGCUGGCCAUCAACCUCCGGAAGCGGGUCCCCGUUCGACGAAAUGGAUGAGUCCAUCACUCAUGUUAUCAUCGACCGACCACUCGUACCUUCGGAAGACGAGACACCAGAAGAGCGAUCACGCAGGUCCCGGCGGAAAUAUGUGCAACCGCAAUGGGUUGUCGAUUGCAUCAAUGCUGGCAAAAUUUUACUCGAAGAGCCAUAUGGCCAAGGAAAGACACUUCCAGCACAUCUUAGUCCGUUUGGCGAGCAUGAAGGGGCUUAUGAUCCUACUUCAGAACUUGCUGGCGACGGCGUGGAGGAAUCGGAAAGCGAGGAUGAAGAAGAAAUCGAGGUAGACGAGCAGCAAGUGACCACUGACGAGAAGUCGGCGCUUCUUGCUGCUGCCAAUGCCACGGAUGAGACAUCUAGACGGGCUGCUGAAUUGGCAGCAGAGGUGGCUGGAGUUGAUUACGGUGAUUUCGAGAAGGAAGUCCGGAAAUCGCACAAGAAAUCCAAGGCCACCGCGAAGGAUGAUGGUGUCGACUCAGAGCAAGACAUGAACAAGAUGAUGAUGAGUAAUAAGCAGAAGAAACUGUACGAGAAGAUGAAGUACAGUCAAAACAAAAAAUCAGCCGAGGUAACCAUUAGUCUUUCGUACAACACUGGAGGCCAAGAGGAAACAAAUUCAUGCUUUGUAAAAAGUCCAUAUGCCAUCACGCGAUUGGAUUGCACCCGGUCAGGGACAACUUGGAGAGCGACUGCUACAAAGUUUAUGGGUCGUUUCUCGCUUGGAAAUUCACACAGCGAGUCGACGCCACCCCCACCCUACCACGAAUCCUCUCCGACCGUCUUGGUAUCCCAGACAACGACGACCCAAGUUACGCAUACCGUGUUCUCGCUCCCACUGCCAUUGUGGAAGAAGCGCUCUCAACAGCACCAACAAACUCUCCGUGUUGAAAAAGAGCUUCCCCCAACUCCACCAACCGACGAAGAAGAACAGGGCAAUCCGAUAUUCUCAACACCAAAGGCCUCGGCUCCAGCUGCGCUUGCCCACGGCGGUCUCGGUCUUGGACUUGCUCAUGCCAUUCGAAACCACCCUUCGGCAUCGUCCUCAACGUCAGACAUAAACAGCAUUGUGUUCGCUUCACACGAGCCUCGCCAGGAGGUUCGCACACCAAGACGCGCCAAAAGCUCAUUAAAGCUUCGUGCAACUUCAGCUUAUGAACCAUCUCCACCAGUCGAAAUAUCCUACUCUGAUGAUGCAAACAGACGGGCGAGAGGAAUUUCGCUAGGCUCAGAUGCCAAGGGAAAGCAGAAGGAGGUUGAAGAGCCAUUACAACCUAGAGUUUCUCUGGCCCGACGCGCUUCGUUUUGGUCCCGAAGGAAGUCAACAGCGACGGAUUUACCAGUCCCGACUCCACCCAAAGAAGUGGUUCCACUACCAUCCCUGCCCUCCAUGCUCCCGUUAACUCCAUUCACGAUUGACGACCUAACCACAACCUCAUCUGGCUCUCGUCAUACCCGAGCUCUUUCUCGCAGUUAUUCGGAACGAGCUGCAGCCGAAUCAGGUGAAAAGUCACCAUCCACACGCUCUCGUCGCCAAACACGGCGACCAGCGACAGCAGACUCUGCAACACGAAGUCCAACUCUCCGGCCCCCAACUCCGCCACCACCAUUACCGCCUUCGCCAUUGGUCGAUAAACCACCACCGUCUCCCCAACGACCUACCACUCCUUCACGCAGACCUAGGGCCCAAACCAACCCUCCGUUGUUAUAUAGGCUUUCGAUGAAUUUGUUUUCGUCGCCGUCAACCUCCACAUCGCCUUCACUCCCUCAGGCUCAGCCACCAAAUCGCAUCCAUGAUUCUCCUCUAAAUUCACCAUCCCUUAGUGCUGCCAACUCUCCUCGGCCUUCUUUGGUCAAGUCCCCUUCAGUGAUACCCAAACCCGAGAUUCAACACGAAUCGCCGGAGAUCUAUCUGAAGCGACUUUUACUUGCUGUGAGCAAGUCAGAAGUAGCUGGUGUCUUGGCCUCCAGCGCCGAUCCGUUUCAUACUCGCGCCUUGCGCACUUACAUCGGCAACUUUGACUUCACCGACAAUCCCCUCGACGUUGCUCUUCGCAAGCUGCUUAUGCAUGUUGGCCUGCCUCGAGAAACGCAGCAAAUUGACCGCGUAAUGGAAUCAUUUGCUGGACGAUAUGUGGAAUGCAAUCCUAAUCUUUUCAUUUCCGAUGACCAUCCUUAUAUCCUGGCGUUCAGCUUAAUAAUGCUUCAUACCGACGCGUUCAAUAAAUCUAAUAAACGCAAAAUGACCAAGGCCGAUUAUAUUAAAAAUACGAGACUUCCCGGAGUGCCUUCGGAGGUGUUGGAUUGUUUCUACGACAAUAUUGUCGUGACGCCGUUCAUUUUCGUUGAAGAUCCACUUGAUGUCGACGGACAACGGGCAGAACCUGUUACCCCCAUUCGCUCUCUUUCGCUUGGUAAUCCCCUCUCUGCCUCCACGAGCAGCACAGGCUCCCUCCUGGGCAAGACAAAUAGAGUAGACCCCUACUAUCUAAUCGCAAAUAAUCUACUGGGACCUUUACGCGUCAACGUAGACUCUCUCGUCCCUCGCGAAAAUCCGUUUGACUUUCAUGGCUCCGGUGGGCCAUGGGACGAGUCACAACUCCAACUCGCGUUCAUAAACCCUCCACUGAUCGAAACACCCGCACCUAUAGUCAAUUCCCGAAUGUCUACCUUUGGUGUCAGUAGUCCAGGCGGCUCAGUGACGCCUUUGUCUGGUUUCGCAGAAUUCAGUUCACAGCCUGGCGGCAUCAUCACAACCUCAAUAAGCAAGAUUGGCGUCUUGAACCGCAAAGACGAUUUGCUGGAGGGCGGAAAGAAGUCAGCCAAUCGGAAAUGGAGACCAUGCUCCGCAAUCAUCACCGGUCCACAACUACACCUUUUCCGAGACCAUACUUUGGCGGCCUCGAUUGCUUCGCACUUGACCUCGCCAGAAGACGAGAUUCCUGUGCUCUCGAACCCAUUGCCUCCCAAAGAAGAACGGCUAUCUUUGAACGAUGUUGUGGCGGUUUACGAUAAAUCCUAUAAGAAGCACCCUUUCGUUUUCCGAUUGGUCAUGUUGAAUGGAAGACAGUCGCUUUUCCAAGCUGACAACGAGGAUCAAAUGAACCACUGGAUAGCGGUGAUCAACUACGCUAGUGCUUUUCGAACUGCUGGCCUUCGUAUGCGCCCGACAGGAAUGUCUGAUCAAGUAGUACAAUUGACCGGGGUUGCUGCCGCUACCUCACAUCUCCACGACCUACAGCAUGCCCAGACAACCGCUCAUCGUACUCAUAAGUGGGCCCAUAAAGAGUCAAUCGAGCUCAUGAGCAUGUUGUCUGGCGAGACGUCCCCUGUCAAGCGUUCAACGGAAAAGCAACGCCGAGCGACAAUGAUCAACUUUGGCGAUUUGGAUUUAGAGGCUCCAACGGCGCCUGAGAUCGAGGGAGCCGCUCAAUUCAAAGCCACAUUUGACCAAGUCAAGGCCGAACUCGCAGCAGUACAUCAUCGGAAAAGUGGAGAUUCGGCAGAGGAAUUGCCACCAUCAAUGCCAACUCCACUACCAUCGAGAACACAUUUCAUCCAGUCCAAGAUUCUCGAUCUUGACUCGAAGAUAUCGACGGUCCAAUCCCAGCUUGACUCCGACUUGCGUUUUGUUCGCAAUGUAGCAACUCUUACCCCGUUCCAGCGCGCAACUCGCGAGCGUUUAGUGUCUGCCGUUCAGACGAUGGCUAGGCGAAUUACCCAAAUGCGGCUGGAAAUGGCUAAACUCUCUUGUCACCGCGAGGUCCUGUCCACCGACAUUGACGCGGAAAGUCAUGAUUGGAGUGAGGCGAAAAAGAUCGCUUUACAAGCUGCGACUGCGACACUGCAAAGCCGCGGAGACGAUCAUAUUCCACGAACAAUUGUCACAUUUCCAGACUCUUCUGGGUCUCCUCGCGACUCUGGCUCGUUCAGAAAGCGGUCGUCGUCGUCGCAUCGACCAGACUCGACUGCUGACUCAUUUCAUUCUGCUCUCGACUUUUCUGAAGAUGCCAGUUUGCUGGACACUUCAAUGCGGAGAGACAACUCUUCACAGAGUAGCACCACUUCUGUCCACGAGCAAAUCCCGCUUGCCGCUAGCGAGGGCGCUCACACGUCGUCACAUGAGAAGUUCUAUACGGCCCUGGAAAAUCCGGAAGCUGCCGAGGACUGGAACCAAACUCGCCUUACCCAGCGUGUUUCGCUCGUGCGAGUACCAUCGACCCUGAGGAUAUCGAAUCGGUUUCUUAGGACGCCGGAAGACGGAGAUGAAUCACCAUCAGAUUAG